AUGUCAUUACCAAAUGCUUCGAUCAAAGUAACACACUUUAUUAUUGGUGGAUUUGACACAGUUAAAAGACCUAUUGCUGUUGGUGUGGUUAUGCUGAUAACCUAUCUACUUGCUGUUAUUGCCAAUAUGCUAAAUAUUAUCUUAAUCAUUUUUGACAAGAGAUUGCAUAAACCAAUGUAUAUUCUGAUUUGUAACCUUGCUGUUGUUGAUAUACUGUACUGCUGCAGUACCACUCCCACAAUGAUUGGGGUUCUACUUUACCACAGUUAUUUAACAAAUACACGUACUCUUGUUGUUACAUACAUUCUGUGGGUUGUUGCCUCUGGUUUUGUUGCUGUUAUGCCGGUAACUGCAGCUACGCUUCCUUACUGUACCUCAAGGAUGAAGUACGCUUUCUGUGACUAUGCUGCUGUAAUACGCACCACUUGUGUUGAUCCUAAUUACUAUUUCAAUUUAGUCUCAGUCAUGAUAGUGGGUGUGGUAUUAACACUUGAGGAACGUCAGGGUUUAUUGAUUGGGACCAUCCUUAGUCCAUCUCUUGUAAAUCCUGUUGUGUACUGUUUCAGGACAAAGGAAAUUAAAAAUAAGAUCUUUAAGAUAUUCACAAAAAAGGCUGACAUACUCAACUAG